AUGGCGGCGGCGGCGGCCGUGGCGGGGGCGGGGCGCGGCGGCGGCGGCGGCGGCGCGGAGCCCCGGCAGGAGCGGAACCGGACCCGGAGCUGGGCCGGCGCGGAACGCAGCGAAGGCCGGAGGAUGGAGCCGGGUGAGGAGCUGGAGGAGGAGGACUCUCCCGGCGGCCGGGAGGAUGGCUUCACCGCGGAGCACCUGGCUGCCGAGGCCAUGGCCGCCGACAUGGACCCCUGGCUGGUGUUCGAUGCCCGCACCGCGCCUGCCGCCGAGCUGGAUGCCUGGCUGGCCAAGUACCCGCCGUCCCAAGUCACCCGCUACGGGGACCCCGGGUCGCCCAACGCCGAGCCCGUGGGCUGGAUCGCCGUGUACGGGCAGGGCUACACCCCCAACUCCGGCGACGUGCAGGGGCUGCAGGCGGCCUGGGAGGCUCUGCAGAGCAGCGGCCGGCCUGUCACGCCGGGCACGCUGCGCCAGCUCGCCAUCGCGCACCACGUGCUCUCGGGGAAGUGGCUGAUGCACCUGAGCCCUGGCUUCAAGCUGGACCACGCCUGGGCCGGCAUCGCCCGGGCCGUGGUGGGAGGCCGGCUGCAGGUGGCCAAGGUGAGCCCGCGCGCCAAGGAGGGGGGCCGCCAGGUGAUCUGCGUCUACACGGACGACUUCACGGACCGCUUGGGCGUCCUGGAGGCGGAUUCGGCCAUCCGCGCGGCGGGCAUCAAGUGCCCGCUCACCUACAAGCCCGACGUGUACACCUACCUGGGCAUCUACCGCGCCAACCGCUGGCACCUGUGCCCCACGCUCUACGAGAGCCGCUUCCAGCUCGGGGGCGGGGCCCGCGGCUCCCGCGUGCUGGACCGCGCCAACAGCGUGGAGCUGACCUAGUGGGGUGACCACGGCCUGGCCUCUUCCUCCUUGUCCCCGGAAAGCCAAGCCCCCCAGCUCUGAGGACAAGGUCGCCCAACAACUGCCUGCAUCUCCGAUCCCCUUGGACUUGUGCCCCGGCUGCCCCUGGCCCCCCCCAGAGGGCGGGGCCUCGGCCUCCCUCUUCCUCGGAGCUCCGCCCUGCAGCCCAGGGCCACGGGGUGGGUGCAGACACCAAGAAGAGAGCCCGCCUUGGCCACCGUCACCCCGCCGCACCUCCCCUCCGCGUGCACUCUCCCGCUCUCCUCCCCCCCUCUCACGGGGAAAACAGUGCUUCCAGUCCCUCCCCGUGGAGCCUCCAGUGCGGGGCCAGGGCCCGCAGGCCUGAGCGUGCCACUUAGCCAGGAGGUUCUUGCGCCCACUCAGCCCCCAGCAGAGAGGGGGUGUGCACCACGGACACAGCCGCCCCCCUCUGCCGGCUCACACGGCCUGCGCCACCUCCCUCUCUUCCCGGCUACCAGACACGUGCCUGCUCCUGGCAUCUCAAUAAAACCAGCCUGGGUCUG